AUCACAGAAGACCGUUGAUGGAGAACUUGGUGAAAAUCCUGAAGAGUGACAAUGAGGAGCUCCAAAUGCUUUGUGCCAGUGCUAUCUUUAAGUGUGCAGAGGACCAUCAGACCCGGGACCUGGUCCGCAGCCACGACGGCCUGAAGCCGCUGGUUUCACUGCUCGCUAAAGCAGACAACAAGCAGCUCCUGGCUGCUGCCACCGGGGCCAUAUGGAAGUGUUCAGUCAGCAUGGAGAACGUAGCUAUGUAUGCACGGACCCUCAGUUCCACAGUUGUACUGUUUAUUAGCCCACCUGGACUCAUGGAGCCACAUGAUCAGAAUGACUUCAACUAA